AUGGCUGCAAGCAAGCAUCGCCGAGGCAACACUGACCAAUUCGCAUUGUACAAUGCUGCUGUUGGUGGCCGCCUCGACACGUUGGAGACGGACCUUGGUACAGCAGGAAUCUCAGCCGCCACAAUCCAUGUGAGUAAUCCUGGAUACUCAUCCGUACACUCCCUCCCAUCCCCCCUUCCCUCCUCGCACAUUCCCCUCUCCUCUCUGGCCCGCCACACUCCCUCCCAUCCCCCCUUCCCUCCUCGCACAUUCCCCUCUCCUCUCUGGCCCGCCACACUCCCUCCCAUCCCCCCUUCCCUCCUCGCACAUUCCCCUCUCCUCUCUGGCCCGCCACACUCCCUCCCAUCCCCCCUUCCCUCCUCGCCCAUUCCCCUCUCCUCUCUGGCCCGCCACACUCCCUCCCAUCCCCCCUUCCCUCCUCGCCCAUUCCCCUCUCCUCUCUGGCCCGCCACACUCCCUCCCAUCCCCCCUUCCCUCCUCGCCCAUUCCCCUCUCCUCUCUGGCCCGCCACACUCCCUCCCAUCCCCCCUUCCCUCCUCGCCCAUUCCCCUCUCCUCUCUGGCCCGCCACACUCCCUCCCAUCCCCCCUUCCCUCCUCGCCCAUUCCCCUCUCCUCUCUGGCCCGCCACACUCCCUCCCAUCCCCCCUUCCCUCCUCGCCCAUUCCCCUCUCCUCUCUGGCCCGCCACACUCCCUCCCAUCCCCCCUUCCCUCCUCGCCCAUUCCCCUCUCCUCUCUGGCCCACCAUACUCCCUCCCAUCCCCCCUUCCCUCCUCGCACAUUCCCCUCUCCUCUCUGGCCCGCCACACUCCCUCCCAUCCCCCCUUCCCUUCUCGCACAUUCCCCUCUCCUCUCUGGCCCGCCACACUCCCUCCCAUCCCCCCUUCCCUCCUCUAACACUUCUGUCUCCUCUCUGGCUGCACCACCCCCACCUGCAGGUCUACACCGGCGUGGCGAUUCCAGGCGGCCCUCAAGAGUACCACUCCAGGGUCACUCACUUCAUUCGUGCAAACCCGUCACACCACGGCAACCCGUGGUUCUCCCAUGUGGCCAUUAG